GGCAGGCGAUCCAGACCAGGAUCAGACAACCUCGAAAGCGCCGCCUGUAUCUGAGGUCGAGAGAGCAGUUCGAUCGGAUUUAUUGUGGGUGCUGCGCGCUGGCAGAGAUUCUUUUUGCGCGCCACGUUGAGGUUGAGGUGAGGGAGGCCUGUCUUUGGGUACUCAAACCAACGGCCUUGGUCACCAGGUUGCGGCCGCCCAGCGUCAAACCCAGCAGCCAGUCGUCGAAAUGUCGGCUUCGCUCGCGCCCGAGUGCAACGAAGUGAAGGAGCGGUAUGACACCUGCUUUCUGAAAUGGUACAGCGAGAAGUACUUGCGAGGAAACGGAACUGGCGAGAAGAAUGAGUGCGAAAGUCUAUUCAGCGACUAUAAGAAGUGCCUGACGGCUGCACUGAAGAAUAAGGGCAUUGACAAAUUGCUGGACGACGCGCGCGAGGAUAACAAGGACAACGACGCCGUCCACCUGGGACGGAAAUAGCUAGGUGAAGCGUGGUUGAUUGCCUGGAAAGGAGCGGCUCAUUCGCGUUUGUCGAGCACGCUAAACCAUCUCCAUUCCAUCUAAGCCAGCGAGAGCUCUACUAUGAAAAUCGCAUAAUAUGGCCAUGUACUGAAAGACGACAUUCCAAUGAUAGCAUGAAUGUUUCAUUGUGGCCGCUGUCACGAAGAACAUGUCCAGUCCAAAUCCUGAGCACCGGAGCCUCCAAUGUGACACCGCCCAACAUGGA